AUGGAUGAACUGAUUUCACAAAUCAGAGGCACCCAAGCAAGAGAAGAGGAUAAAGAAGGCUCCAUUCCAAAGGACGAGAGCUCUCGGGCACAUAACGGAGUAUCUGGGGAUCUAGCCAUCGAAGACCCCCAGGACCCAUUUGAUCAGGAAGAGGUGGAGGUGCCUUUAUGUGGAAAGAAAGAUACAGGCGAUGCCCACGAUCUCACUUCUUCACAAGCCCCUGCAUCACUCCACAUCAUGAAGCUCGACUUCGAUGUGCUGAGUCAGGUGAAAAAAGAAAGUCAGGUCGAGAUAGACAUAGAGAGGAUAAAAGACAGCAAGAAGUACAAGGUUGAGGGAAUAUUUGCAGGAAUCAUCAAAAAGCUGAGCGCUUUUGGAAGCGACACUGCUUGCCUAGAGCUUGUAGACGAGAGUGGGUCGAUAUGUGGGUCUUGUCCUCUAAGCGCUGUCGACGAGUUCGGAUUGAAAGUGGGAACCAUUAUUCUGCUGUCCAAAUGUUCCCUGUGGAAGAUCAAUGGAAACCAUUUGAACAUAGCUGGAGUAAACAUAAUGAAAGUCGUUUGA